AAGAAAUUGGAGAAGCGGACGACAAGCGUGAUCUACGAUAUUUACGACUGCGAUACUCCACGUCGUUCAGCCAUUCCAGCAACAGGGUCAACGAACUGGCAGUGGGGACCGCAUCAAGCUAACUGUCCAGGUAUACGGUAAAGUGAUGCCAACAGUACCCAAGCGUUGGCCCACAGCCCACCGUCUCCUACUGCCCUUGUCGUCGUCGUCGUCAUUCUGCUGCACUCGGCAACUGCGACUUUCGCUGCCAUCAGCGCACCUGAGAAAGUUCAACGUGUCCAGUUCGCGCAGCUAUAAAACGCUUCAUUUUUCGGAAAAACUUCCUUUUCACUUUCAUUCUUUCUCUGUCCUUGCUACCAUGGCCCAACGUCGCCAGCACUCAACCAAGUUCGACGACAAGAAGCCCGCCUCUAGCUCCGACAGUGCCCACAGCUCGUCCGAUGAUGAGCACUCUCAUUCUCAUUCUCAUUCUCACUCUCACUCUCACUCAAUAUUUGGUCACUCUCAUUCACAUCAAGACCACGGCGAUGCGGAGAACAUAAUAGCUGCGCUCGAGGGCAAAGGCGACAGAGGGAGCCGAGUGACACUCAUUGGACUAGGAUCCAAUAUCGGCCUCACUAUAGUCAAGGGCGUCGCCGGUUGGUACCUACACUCUGCUUCACUCUUGGCAGACGCAGGGCAUUCUCUCAGCGAUAUGCUCGGAGACUUUGUCACGCUCGUGUGCUGGAGACUUUCACGAAGACCACCGUCAGAACGGUACCCUUAUGGAUUCGCAAAGUUCGAAACACUCGGCGCGUCUACAAUGUCGCUCCUUCUGAUUGGAGGCGCCCUUGGCAUCGGUUUCCAUUCAUACCACCUUCUGAUAACUGCUCUUGCCGAAACCGCGUCGACUAUGCCCACUGGUCCUCUCCAGGAGGUGCUGAACAACGUAACGCUUGUAGUUCCAGUACCUGAAGUAUUGAUGCACCAUGAUCACGUCCAUGCGGUGGAUCCGAACGCUGCAUGGUUCGCUGCACUCAGUAUAUGCGUCAAGGAAUGGAUGUACAGACUGACCAAAAAGGUGGCAGAUGAAGAACACAGCCCAGUUCUUCUCGCUAAUGCCUACCACCAUCGGAGCGACGCCUACUCUAGUUUAGUAGCGUUGUUUGCCAUUCUGGGGACCUGGUGGUUCCCCGCUCUCCCGUUAGAUCCUAUUGGAGGUCUCCUUGUAUCCAUUGUCAUUCUUAGACAAGGUUUAAGCCUUCUUGCGGGUUCAUGGUCGGACCUCACGGAUGCCAGUGUUUCCGCAAAAACCAAACAUUCUCUCAAGCAUACCCUUGAUCCACUCCUGGAGCCCUCGUCAUCACCCGCCCUCUUGGCAGUGCGCCAUCUCCGUGCUCGACAUGCCGGUUCAUUAGUCUACGUCGACCUCAUUGCCGAUGUACCCAGCUCCCUCAGUGUGCUUCAAACCACUUCCCUAGAAGAAAAGAUAUCACAGACCCUGAUGCAGGCAAGGAAAGAGGUAGCAGAAGUAAGAGUCAAGUUCCACCCCGUCAAUACUUAGAUCCUCCUUGAUCUCGAGAUGCACCUUGUCUAUCUUUAUUUUCAUGGUAUAUGUAUAUUACACAUUCGAGCCGAUAUUCUGCGGCGCAAUGACGAGUUAUUCACAAC